AUGGCACCAACGGUUCGGUAUAUCCUCAUCUCAGCCUUGCGAGGUGAGCCUUUGAUGCAGAUCAGACCGAGAGAUCCUGCCUCGAGAGCCCUGGGAUUUUUACAGACUGACCUUUCCCUGCUCUAUCGAGUCAUCGUCCAGGAUGGACUCGUUAGUGGAUGUGACAGGCAUUGGCGAGUCAUUCUCCAAGAUUUACAUCGUACCCUACUGACCAUUUCAGACAUGAACAACAAGGUCAACCUAGCAUUUUAUACGCAACUUAUCUGCUUUUAUCGGAAUCAUCAUGAGACGGAGUCGGUCUUUCUUUCCCCGGACAAUCCUCAGCAAAGGAUGCUCCAAUCCUGGGCUCAUCAGUUGGGCUUUGCCUUUGAGUAUACUCUGGCUACUCACUCAGGGAGAGUGGUUAGAAUGUCACCGCCUGAGAAAUCCACCAAUCCUGAGAAUGACAACCUCAACUUUUUGGGACUGGACAACACCACGAUUAUGGAUCCUGAUCAUUGCUGGACAUUUGGACACGAUAUGUUUUCCGAAACCUCAACUCGCGUGAAUCCAGUGCCAUCUUUCGCUGCUGUGGACUACAGUAUAGCUCAACACCAACCUCUCAUUAUCGACUACUCAGCACACACAGGUACCUGCAUCAGGAGUGAAGACUUUGCUCCUAAAUACAACCAGGUAACCGAGUCAGCUCUUGCAGAUCUGCCUAGAAGCUCUGGAAACUUAUCAUCUCCUCUUACAAAAUGCUGUACACAUGCCUUUAGCCUCGAACAUACUGUCAUUAGCGCUCUUUCCACUCUGGAUCAGGAGAUGACUGGAUUUCAAAAUAAUUGUUGUUCAGUUACUUCAGAUAUUGUUGCUGGCAAGCCUAACGACGUCCGCGAUGUGGUCAAAGAGUACAUCUCAUCCACCAGGAUACAGAAGAAAUUGGAAAAUCCACUUGCUAGUGUUUCUCAGAAAGCCAAAACCGCGGUGCGGACGGCCUCGGCACUGGACUCGACAUACUGGGUGAGCCAUGGCUUUCCAUCAGAAUUGUUCGGUCCAAAUACGAAAUAUGUGACAGCCACUCAAGAGGAAGCCGGAAUAGACCCCUUGGAACCACGUUCCGUGUCACCUGAAAGCCAGAUCAUGCCCUCUGAUAGACUGUGUUACUCAGGCUCAGUUUCUUACAAAGAACAAAAUUAUAGAUCGAGCUCAAUUGGAUCUGUUUCAAGUACCAAGAUGGAUCGCGGGCAAAAAAGAGUUCGAGACGUAUCCAGUCGAAGGCCUAGUCUCCUAAGUACAGCCAGUGGCACAUUUCGAGAGUACGUUUUCAACUCUAAAUCACCAUGCAUGGAAAGUCCAGCUUCGGGAACAUCAGGGAGGCGGGGGCCUUUAGACCCCGCAAGCAAUGCUGCCGCAAAGGCGGUGAAAGCGGUCAGGGCAUGUUGGAGGUGUAAGUUUCUCAGGAAGACGUGUUCUCUUGAUGACCCAUGUGUAGCAUGUCCAAAACCACACAAGAAUCCUAAGCGUCUCGGGUGGUCUUCCGUGGCAUGUCGGCGAGGCACUUUUGCUGAAGAGAUGCUUCCUUUUCGCCUAUGUUCCCAGCAGAUCCUUGGCGGUUCUGUGCCAACUGAUGAACAACGGAAGCGCUCGAAUGAUUGGUUGCAUUCUCAUAUUCAGUCACGAGAAGAGAAUGUGGGCGAAUCGCGGAAUCUCAUUCUGGCUCAGCACUCGGGCUCCGAGCCGGUCCAAACUCUAUAUGAUUUGAAGCAGAGGCGGAGGUUAUUCAGUCUCUUCAGCUGGACCCUAAUCCCAGCAAGAUCGGUACCGGAAUCGGCAAUUGCACCUCUCAACGAGUGCAUCGAUUCUAUUGUACAGGAAACACUUGACGUUCCAUGCUGCCGACUCAUUAUGUCUAACGAUGUUGAUUCGCAACUGGCUGAUGUUGUGCUUUUGCUACGUUCUGCCGCCCAGUACCAAGCAAGUAUCCAUACUGACCGAUUGAUCGCACAGUCACUCAAUUGCCUACGAAGUGGUGUUGAGGCAUUGGCCGUUGAUGACCAAAGGUUAUACUCCGCAUAUCAACACAACUCUUGCUCCGAGCCAGUCUGCCAAUUCGAUUGGAUCAAACAGUUGCAUCUAGACCUGGAACUGUACUUGGCCGAACUCUCACAGGUAUUCUUCACCAAAGACAAUAUGAGAGCCAAAGAGAGCUGGUGGCUGUCUACUUUCUACAGUUUCUGUAUCCAAGGGAUCGUUCGACGUGUGUUGCUGAAGCUGCAAGACUCACCGGGAAGCGAAGUUGCUGCUAAGCAGUACCUACACCUUGCUGUGCGACUAUUUUCUGCUAGCUCCGGCUCUUACGAUCCUUUGAUCAGAGACUAUGCUGCUCCGUAUCUCCUAGAGGACGAGGACGCCUCCACCGUAGCAAAUUUUCGAACGGCCCAGCUAGCAGUACAACAGUUAUCAUGGCGAUCGAAGUGUAUCAAGUCGUCGGCAGAGUACCUUAGGCAGCUUUUUGAAGACGAGGGAAAUGGGCUUGAGGGACGUAAAGUCUUGAAAACUGCAAGUUCCAAUGCAAAAGUACAAGCUGUGUCAACUGCUACUUCGGACGUUGUCGAGAGCAGGCAGCAAUGUAUAAACUCGAGCGACCCAAUCACUCCAAAUCCCGGAGCAAGAUUGUAUCGAACAUUGUCACUUUCUUCAAUGGAGUCUUUGGAUUAG